CCUAUAAAUAGUCUCCGAUCAUCCCCCUGGCUCAGGCCCCAGCCAGCCUGGACCAGUCAGUCCAGGAUCAGCAUGGCUGUCCGCCUGUGGGUGGUUGCCCUGGCCAUGGCCGCCCUCCUCAUUGUGGACAGGGAAGUGCCAGUGUCCGCGGAGGGAAAGUUCACUUUCUCAAGAAUGCCCAUCUGUGAGCACAUGGCGGAAUCUCCAAUCUGUUCCCAGACAUCCAUCCCGGUCUGUGGCACUGAUGGGGUUACAUAUGACAGUGAAUGCCAGCUCUGCUUGACCCGGCUGAAAACCAAACAGGACAUCCAGAUCGUGAAGGAUGGCAAAUGCUGACCCCAUAGCAGCCUCUUAAGCCAAGAAGCUUCAGGUUAGAGAAGAGUGGUGAGAGUGGAGGAUAUGACAUGAAAUAAAAGAUCCAGCCCAACUCAACCAAAUGGGCCAGUAUCUUUGACGACUUUGGUGAGGCCUCCACACAUGAUAAGGAAUCACAAAGAUUAUGCCUGAACAACGUGCCAGGCACCAGGCACCACACUGGAAGAAACACCUCAUUCGCCACCUUACAGCCGUGAACACUUGGCCCUGUCUCUGGAAACCUAACUCUGGGCCCCUAAAGGCCCUAUCUAUGGCAUGCGACACUGCUGCCCUGGCCAUUACUGAUUGGCCAAGAUUCUUCUCCAGGAUUUUUUGAACUGAAAUAAGGGAACAACAAGCAUUUCCUCUCCGGUAGUGAAAUCAGGGUUGCUGACAGCCAUGUUUCCUACUUUGUGGAAGAAGUAGGAUUGACAGAAUGAUACCAGCAUGCCAAGAAAGAGAUAUGGGGCACUUGGGUGGCUCAGUAGGUUGAGCCUCCAACUUCAGCUGAGGUCAUGAUCUCACAGUUCAUGAGUUCAAGCCCUGCAUCCGGUUUGCUGCUGUCAGUGCAGAGCCCACUUCAGAUCCUCUGUCCCCCUCUCUAUCCCUCCCUUGCUCACACUCUCUCUCAAAACUAAACAUUAAAAAAAGUUUAAAAAAAAGAGCACCUGAGUGGCUCAGUCAGUUAAGUGACCGACUCUUGAUUUUGGCUCAGGUCAUGAUCUCACAGUUUGUGGGUUCAAGCCCCAUGUUGGGCUCUGUGCUGACAGUGUGGAGCCUGCUUGGGAUUCUCUCCCUCUCUCUCUGCCCCCCCCCCCACUCUCACACUCUC